AGUGCAAACGUAAUCCUGGCCAAAAAUGUACAUCACAGACCGCCGCCUUCCCGCUUCGCGGCGGGCGGGAUCAGUGGAAGAAGGUGCGGCUCUAUAUAAGCGAACCAGAAGAUGGAGUCGAGGAUGCCAUCCGCGCCUGUGUGACGACCAAUUGUGCGGUAGCUGUCGACUCCAAUACUUCGGAGCAACGCGUCCAGGACAGAAAAGGCGGAGAAAUGGUUACGAGAUAUUGCGCGCUUCUGCUUGCCGUGGUGACCAGUGGCUCGGCGACCCUGCACUGCCACCUGCUGAAAGGCGGACCCGCGGGGAGGCCCUUCUUAGGCGGCGGCCCCCUCGUUGGAGCUCCAGGCGGUUUCAAGGGCAGCUUCGGUGGUGGCUACUCGGGCUUCCGCAGCGACUUCCACAGCGGCGGAGGCGGCUUCGCACCUGCUGGUCCCUUAUUCGCGUCCGGCCCAGGAGGCUUCGGAGCGGGUCCUGCUGUAGGAGGUGGCUUCGGCCCAAGCUUAGCGUUCGCUCCUGGUCCUGCAUCUGUGUCUGGAUUCGGCCCCGGAGCUGGCCUGCCUGCUCCACUGACUUUGGCUAGGCCACCAGCGGUGCAAUCCACAUUCAUCCCCGGAGGUCAGACGAAGGUCAUUCUCGUCAAGGUCAAGCACUUGGGAACAACCACACACCACCCGACUGCCUUCAACGGGCCGGUACAGGGAGGUCCUGUGCAGGGACCCACUUUUGGGGCGGGACCCUUCGCGGCUCCAUUCGGCCUGCCCAGCUCGGCGGGAUUCGGGGGGCCACUCAAGUCAGGAAAGGGCGGCUGGUGGUGAACAGGUUUCAAACGAGCCACCAGCACCAUGUCCUACAUCAAAGAUCCUGGAGCUUUGUUUCUGCGCAUGCCGUCCAUAAAGGACUGGACUCAUGGCAGUGCCCACAAGUUGCCUGUGAAUGAGUGGCUCACAACGCGCGUGAGCGCACUGCCCGCACCGCAGCAGAAGGGCCUGAGUAAUGUUUCCACGAACGCAACUCAGACCGGUAGAAAAGCCGUUCGAGGCGGUGACACCAAUUAACAGUUGCUAAGAACGUGCUGUACGGGGCGAGCUUUGUAAUAGGCGCAGAAAUGUUCUCUCUGUUCCUUUUCCUUUCAUUUUUAUUUUUGUGUGCACGUGUGUACGUGAAUGUGUGUGUUUAAAUGUACAAAAGUUGAACGAUGUGAAGCCCACUUUCCUUAAAGGUCCAGUGAACGCUGUCAAGGAAGUUUUGCGCGCGCAACUGAGCUUUCGCAGUGCCGCUGCAGGAAAUCGUGGCUUAUCAUGGUAUGUGAUCGCUUUCGCGCAAGUUGCCGCACAGCAUGUUACAUUUAAAUGGCGUGUAAAAACUUCUAAUGUGUCUUACAACAGUGUUGUCAUAAUUCGACGCUCAUACUCAGUAGUUUCGUCUUUCCGUACACCGACGCGCGCAACCUUUCGCUCAGCCUGUCGCUCCCUCAGAAGCCUGUGUAAAGUUGGAGUAGCAGGCUAAACCUAAGCUACUCCCACCUCCACUGUUGUCUCAUUAAAAUCUCUCCUUCGCUCA